AUGAAUAAACCACGCGAGUCGUUGAAGCAGCUCUCGACCCUCUUCCCUACUCCGAUAUGUGCUCGCGACGGCUACAAGCGGCUCUCGGCCAGUAGUGCUACAGUCGGUGCGUCCUUUUGCAGAUGGUUUGUGGCAGUGAUGCCCUCGUCGGAGGAGGAAAGCCUGUGGCUCGUGGGCAGCGAGGUCCGGGGCCUGGGUGCAGGCGCCCAGAAUCACCACCAUCGUCAGCAACCGCAACAGCAGCAGCAACAGCACCAUCAUCAUCAUCAUCAUCAACAACAUCAGGAACAGCAACAGCAGUACACGAAUUCAAAUCAACAGCAGCGUGGCGAGCAUCGUACCCUCACCGGCGCUAGGCUAUACACGGAGGAGAUGCAGACCCAAUCGACCGGGGGAGGUUCGCCCAGCAACGGUGCCAUGCCCGUGACGGGACAGUCCGCGGCCGUGGCCAUCGGUAGCUCGGCCGCCGACCUCGCCGAGCACGAGCUGAUAGACGCCGCGGGCAACGUCGACUUGCUCGGCCAGUUCCACGACGACGCCAUGAAGCAGGCUGGAGUUGGAUACUUUCAAGCGUUGGCAGCAUUAUAUGUUGGCCUGUGUCUUGCCGCUGAUACAGUAGAAUUUUUCGUAGUACCAUACAUACUCCCAAGUGCAGAAGUGGAAUUGUGCAUCGAAGACAAUGAAAAAGGAUGGUUAGGUAACAUUACCUUGAUGGGCCUUGCUCUCGGAGGCAUUUGUUGGGGAGGAUUGGGAGAUCGAUUGGGCAGAAGAAGGUCUUUGCUAUCCGCAAUGUCAGUUCAUGCCCUCUUUAGCGGCGUAGCUACCUUCAUGCCGACUUAUGGGACUUUUAUGACAGCUAGAUUUUGCUCUGCCCUUGGGGUUGGCGGCUCGCUUCCUCUCGCAUUCGCCUACUUGGCCGAAUGCUGUCCACGCUCGACACGUGGCAAGUGGAUUGGCAUGCUGGUUGGGGCUGGCGCUCUGGGAGGCGUCUACGCGGCCCUCCUCGCCUGGGCGGUCGUGCCGACAACCGGCGAGAUGGUCGUCCUCGAGAACAAGGAGCACUUUAGCGCCUGGCAUCGCUUUCUCCUGCUCUGCUGCUUGCCCGCCCUUUGCGCUACAAUUGGCCUCAUCUUCCUGCCGGAGAGCCCACGAUACCUCGUCGAGGUCGGCCGUGACGUCGAGGCCAUGAUGGUUUACCAGAGAAUAUACAAGAAGAACAAUUCGCAAAAGAGUGCUGUAGGAGCGCAAUAUCAACUUUCUGAAUUAGAGCUUCCAAAUAAAAGGCCACGUGGUUUACCUCCACCAUCUCCAGCUAACCGCAAUACAAGUGUUUUAGCGGACAUUAUGCGUUCCAUUUCAAUGUUUUGGAGUUCUUUUCUGGAAUUAUUUUCAUCUCCUCACUUAAAUGUAACGGUAAUACUUCUAGUCAUUUGGUCAGCCACGGCAUUUGGUUUAUAUGGAUUAAUGGUAUGGUGUCCGGAGUACCUUAAGCUUUUAAGAUCCAUCGAGUACGAAUCUGAAACAAAGAAGCUGGUUGGCAAGGAAUACGUGGACAAAUUGUUCACUGGCUCCCUGGAAAACAUUCAAUACAAAGACUCGAAAUUUCAAAACUGCAAAUUUUCCAAAAUCGUAUUCAGCCACGUAGAUUUCGAUAAUUGCUCGUUCCAAUCGGUGGAAUUCAGCAGUAUAAAAUCCAGCAAGACGCACUUUACCGACAGUACAAUCGUCGAUUCUAAGUUUAUCGACACCGAUCUCUCUGCCCAAGUCUUCACUAGAUGCAAAUUAGAAAAUAAUACGGAGCUCAGUCUAAGCGGUCCCUGCCCGACUCUCGACUUGGAUUACAACAUUUACAUCGAAGAAGCGUUGUACGGUCACCUUGCGGCCCAGCUUGCGUUCAUACCAGCGGCUGCAUUGGCUGGGCUGGCGCUCACUGUCCUUCAGCGGCCAAAAAUGAUCGGUGUUUCGUUGUACCUUUCUUCAAUCGCUGCACUUUGUCUAUUAUUGGUUAAAACAAAUAGUACAGCCGUCCUUGGCUUCGAAGGGGGAUUCAUCGCAGUAUUUGCAAUCGCUUGGACAUCUUUGGCACUUGUAACCGUCGAAUGCUAUCCUACUCAUUUAAGAUGUACUGGCUUCGGACUGAUGGCAGCCGGCAUUCGGAUAUCCGGUUUAAUAGGAACGGCGACGUAUCAGACGCUCGUAGGUGCGCCUCUGAUCGCACCUGCCUUGCUAACAGCAGCCGCCCUCCUAGUAGCCAGCAUCGCGACCCUCAAAUUGCCUCAGACGCAUACGGUCUUCUUAUAAACAUCGGGAGAUAAAGGGACGUAUGCAAGGACAUUGUGAGAUACGUAUCCAAAGAAAAUUCGGCACUCGGCAUCGUUGAUCGCCAACGUGCUUGUACGGGGAUGAGCCGAGAACGAGCGCCUUACGAGUGACCGAUUCGUCGAUGCAGCGGUGAGUCCCGAGAAUCUUCGAAAGCGAGAGAGUGAGAGAGAGAGAGAGAGAGAGAGAG